AUGGCGCCCGUGCCUACAAGUGAGGAGCUCAGAAAAGAAGCAAGACAAUUAAAGCGGGAACUCUUAGCAGCAAAACAGAAGAAAGAAAGUACCACAAAAGCAGAGAAAGGAAGUGAAGAGGAAGAAGCUGUCCCAGAUGGCCCUGUUGCAGAGUACAGGCGAGAAAAGCAGAAGUAUGAAGCUUUGAGGAAGCAACAGCCCAAGAAGGGAACUUCCCGAGAGGAUCAGACCCUGGCACUGCUGAGCCAGUUUAAAUCUAAGCUCACUCAAGCCAUCACCGAAACACCUGAAAACUGUGCUGAAGCAGAAGUUGAAGAUGACGAAGGCUGGAUGUCCCACGUGCUCCAGUUUGAAGAUAAAACCCGGAAGGUGAAAGACGCAAGCAUGCAGGACUCAGACACGUUUGAGAUCUACGAUCCCCGGAAUCCAGUGAACAAAAGAAGGAGGGAGGAAAGCAAAAAACUGCUGCGAGAGAAAAAGGAAAGGCGGUGAGCGGAGCCGUGAUGCCGGAAGCGGUGGCGCCUCCAGGAAUGUGUCAGGGCCUGUGUUCUGGUGUUCAGAAAAUGGGUAUCUCCUUUUGUAAAUUUGGAAUGAUGUAAGCAAAUGCUUUUGGUUACUGAUAAUUGACCUUUUAUAUUACUAAAUCUGAAAUAAAACCAGUUUCUUUCUAGUUUAAAUGUUAAGUUUGCAGAUUGCAUAGACCUGUCAGUCUAUGCCCCCUACCCUGAGAUGUGUGAAGGAGCCUUGUUCAGAUUUUUAUAAGAGAAACUCACAGAAAGAAUAAGGGAAACUUCCCUGAUACUUUAAUAUAAAAUCAAAAUUAUAAAAUAAAAACAUUAGCAUUGA